CGCUGCUGUGCGCCACCACUCUAGGCGGCGUCCGCCUUCAAUAACGUCGUUUCGCCGGAAAACGCCUCUCCACCGGCUUCCGCCGCUGUCUGAUGACUUCCGUGCGAAAUCAUCACUUGUAAAUGAAGAAGGGUGAAGAUAUGGCUAAAAGUGUAUAUAAACUCCUGACAAUCGACCGGUGGGAGUCGUUGAAUGGGAUGAGAUACAAAACGGCGCCGUUGAGAGCAGUUCAUGGAAGGAUGGCUAUGAACUUCCUGAAGUGGAUUGUGAAGCAGCCAGGUUUGGAAUUCAAUCAUCUCACUCACUUGUACUGUAUCACAGCUCACAUUCUGGUUAGGGCAAGAAUGUACGAUUCCGCCAAAUUGAUAUUGCGGCGUUUGCUGGAGAUGCCUUUAGGGUCGAAAGCUGUUUUCUGUGCAUUUAUGAAUACAUAUCGAUUGUGCAAUUCAAGCCCUGCUGUUUUUGAUGUGUUGAUGAGAGUUCAUGUAAGGAAGGGAGCAAUUGAUGAUGCUGUAGAGACUUUUCGUUUGAUGUGUUUUAGGGGAUUUAAGCCUUCUGUGUACACUUGUAAUAUGAUUCUUGCUGCAAUGGCGAAAAAUUGGCACUCUGAGGAUGUUUGGUUGUUUUUUGAAGAAAUGCUUGGUGAAGAAAUUUGUCCAAAUGUUGGGACAUUUAACAUAUUGUUGAAUGUACUUUGCGCCGAAGGGAAUGUGAAGAAAGCUAAUUAUUUGUUGAUGAAAAUGGAGGAGAGUGGCUGUGCGCCGACUGUAGUUAGUUAUAACACAGUGCUUAAUUGGUGUUGCAAAAGGGGAAGGUAUAAAGAAGCCUUGCCAUUGUUGGAUCGAAUGAGUUGCAGAGGUAUUGAAGCCGAUGUUUUUACAUACAAUGUGCUUGUGAAUGAUUUGUGUAAAAAUGGAGAAAGUGCGAAAGGUUAUUUGCUCUUGAAGAAGAUGCGAAAGAGAAUAGUUGUUCCAAAUGAAGUGACUUAUAAUACACUCAUAAAUGGAUUCGUCAAAGAGGGGAAGCUUUCGGUAGCUGAAAAACUUUGUGAAGAGAUGUGUAAGGUCAAUAUUUCGCCGAAUUGUAUCACUUAUAAUGCAUUGAUUUAUGGGAAUUGCCAGGCUGGGAAUUUUGUCGAGGCUUUUGAACUUCUGCGUGAAAUGGAAGGAAAUGGGUUGAGACCGAGUGAGAUUACUUAUGGAACUCUUUUGAAUGGACUUUGUAAAUAUGGAAAGCUUGAUUCUGCAAAACAGCUACUUGAGAGGAUAGAGCUGGAUGGUAUGAAUUUGAAUCGUACAAUGUAUACAGUUGUAAUGGAUGGGUCGUGCAAAAGUGGAGAAAUGACAGAAACAAUGAAAUUGCAUGAUAAGAUGCUCGAGGACCAUGUAAACGCCGAUAUUGUUACAUAUUCAGUUCUUGUGAACGGAUUCAGCAGAGUUGGAAAAAUGAAAAAGGCGAAGGAGCUGUUAUGUAAGAUGUAUAGAUUAGGAAGCGGACCUAACAGAAUUGUAUACUCUACAUUGAUUUACAAUUUGUGCAAGAUCGGGGAUGUCAAUGAAGCGAUCAAGGUUUAUAAUGCAAUGCUUCGGAGUGGUCAUUCUGUAGAUCUCUUUGUUUGUAAUUUAUUGGUUUCUACGCUUUGCAGAAGUGGAAAUGUGGCAGAGGCAGAGUUUCUCAUGCAUUAUCUCCGUAGUAUUGGUGUUCCUCCAAAUUCCGUUACUUUCAACUCUAUUAUUGGCACAUAUGGAAGUGCUGGCGAUAGAUUAAGAGCUUUCGAGCUAUUUGAUGAAAUGGUUGGAUUUGGUUUACAGCCUAAUGCCUAUACAUAUGGAUUUCUAUUGAAAGGACCGUGCAACAGCAGGAAUUUUGAGGAGGCUAUGUGUUUCUUUGAAAAUCUUCGUGGCAUUCCUUGUGCUAUGGAUAGCAUUGUCUAUAACACAAUGCUGGCCGAGAUAUGUAGUCGUGGAAAUUUCAAAUUAGCUCUCGUCCUUAUAUCUGAGAUGAUAAGAUCUGGUGUCUUCCCUGAUAGUCAUACAUACUGUUGUCUCAUCUCUCAUUUAUGUCGAACUGGACGGGUUGUUACUGCAGUGCUUUUAUUGGAACGGGUACUGCAAAAAGGAAUCAUUUCGUCAAACCGGUUUAUUUAUGCCACUAUCAUCAAUGGUUUUGUUAGGAUUGGUCAAACACAAGCUGGAAUUUACCUGUUCGAUGAUAUGGUAAGAAGCUGUGUAGAUCCUGAUAUAGUUGUUUUUAACACUGUUCUUGAUGCAUGCUCAAGAGCCGGACUGACGGAUAAGUUGAAUGAUAUUCUUUCAAUGAUGGCUCGUAAAAGUAUAUCCCCUAAUUUGGUUACAUAUAAUAUACUCUUACAUGGUGAGUCAAGGAGGAAGAACAUUUAUAGGUGUUUUGAAUUAUAUAGAACCAUCUUGAGAAAAGGAUUUGUUCCCGAUAAACUUAUUUGCCAUUCUCUAAUUCUUGGUCUUUGUAAGUCUGGCAUGUUGGAUGUUGCUGCUAAGUUUUUGAAAGUGAAGGUUAUGGAGGGGAUUCCUGCAGAUUUGUCGACAUUUGAUAUACUUAUCGCAAUGUACUGUGAGAAAGGUAGCAUGUUAAGAGCCUUUGAUCUUCUGAACAUCAUGGAUUCGAUAGGAAUUUCACCGGGCGAAGACACUUUACAUUAUGUUUUUAAUGGGCUCAAAAGAAUCUCGUUGUUUCAAGAGUCUCAAUUUUUCCUCCGUAAGAUGCUGCAAAAUGGUUUUGUUCCAACUGCCCGGCAAUACAGCAGUUUGGUAGUGAGUAUGUGCAAGUCUGGAGAUGUAAAGGGAGCAUUUAAAUUGAAAGAUGAGAUGAAGGCAUUCGGUAUUAGCUCCGACGCUGAGGCUGAGAGCGCUCUGGUUAGGGGGCUUGUGCAACAAAGGAAGAUAGAGGAUGCAGUGCUUGUUCUUAAUUUUAUGCUGAGGAACCGCCUUGUCCCGACUGUUCCAACUUUCACUACUGUAAUUCAUGUUCUUUGCAGUGAAUCUAAACUGACUGAGGCACUGGAUAUGAAACUUUUGAUGGAACGUAAUGGAGCUAGGCCGGAUGUCAUUUGCUAUAAUGUUCUUAUAUCUGCCCUGUGUCGAACUGGUGAUACUGACCACGCCUUCACACUUUAUGAAGAGAUGAAACAGAGGGGUGUUUGUCCCAACAUCACUACAUUGUCUGUUCUCAUCGAUGCCAUCUGUGUUGAAAAUGAUUCGGCAAAGGGUGAAAGGAUAUUGAAUUACUUGGAGGAGAGAGGAUUAGUUGAUCGAGAUACAGCUUCCCUAGAUUGGCAUAGAAGAUUGACUGAUGCCAUGGGGUAUAUUGACCUAAUAAGACGUAAAAAGAAAGGCCGCAAGAAAGAAGCUAAACAUGCUAGUUGAGAUUGCUCGAUAUGUAAUGUCUUGCCGCUCAUCAAAUUAUGGGGAUUGACGGGUUUGGCUACUUAACUACUGGCAUUGGAAACGAAGCUGUGUUGUCGAUAAAGCUUAACGUUCAUACAGUAUGCGGCAUGCCCAUGAGUUUUGUUCUGGCAAAGGUGUGCUUUAAUGAAUGGAGUUACGUAGAUAUGAUGAAAGAAUGAUAUCCGUAUCUUGACGUAGAACACACCAAAAAUGCGAAAAGUGGCUGCGAAUUCAUCCUCUAGACAGCUGACUCACUUUCAUUUGCAGGAAGAAAGCAAGAAGGGUGCUAUAUUGAAAGCUUGAAAUUCAUACAUGAUCUCAAGUUUCAGCAUGAACGUUCAGUCUCUGUGAAAUUGAUAGGUUAUCAGUGAAUCUUCGUCAACGGAUUGUUUGUUGCUUGAAUUUGGGUGAAACCCCCACCCCAAUACCCCAAAAUUGGGUAUUUGGAGAUAUGUUCUUGUUGGGUUAUUCUCUCUCAGCCAUACCCGGUAAAUAUGUUUAUUGCAUCAAUGCAUGCUCUUGUUUUGUUUAAAGCUUUCGGGUUUUCGGGAAUUAACUCCCAGCUAGUUCGUACCCGACCUCUUCAUCUGAAUUGAAUAGUUAAUUAGUUAUUCCCAUGUUCAUACUUCAUGUUGUUUAUCAAACUGUACCAACAAAAACUAUUUGAUCGACUUAACAUGGUAGUUUUUUGCUAUCCUGCAUUUCCUUGCUGUUGGAUUAAUCACUCCAACUGUGGCUCCGGAUUUAAAAUAUCACUAUGUUCAGUUUCAUGUUAUGUAUACUUUAGAUAUCUACAUAUAGACUUCGGAUUUUUUAUUUCUUGGUUCAAUUGGUAUUUAGACUCUUACUGCCGGAUUUUUAUUAUUUACUUGUUCUUUUCUUGUACUGACAAUGUUUAGCAAGUCAGGCAUGCUCAUGGUUUACUUUGAUUCGUCUUACUGCCGGAUUUUUAUUAUAUACUUGUUCUUUUCUUGUACUGACAAUGUUUAGCAAGUCGGCAUGCUCAUGGUUUACUUUGAUUCGUCAAUGGCGACAUGCGCUUGUUACUUGAUAUUGUAAAAUUUUUUUACCUGCAAUCCGCUGCAUAUGUGACUGAAAACAGAUUAUUUUGGAGCAAAAUGUACCUACUGACCUCAAGGACUGAUCAUUAUACAAUUUGCCUGUUUCGGUAGUAUUUUGAGCCGUGAACAGAUGCAUUGGACAAAAAACUCGAGCAAGAUGAGCCAUAGAGGAGAAAGUCUCGAGUCUUGACAAGUAGUGACCGGUUUUCAAAUAUUGACAAAAACGAGCAUUUUCUUUGUGACAAGUAUGUUCUUUCACUCAUCGGGAUGUCGUAGGGGGGACACAUUUCCAGGUUUUGCCAUGGUUGUAUCUGGGGGAUGUCGUAGGGGGGACACAUUUCCAGGUUUUGCCAUGGUUGUAUCUGGAGCUUAGCUAAAGUUCUACUAAAAUACCGCAAGUGUGAUCGAAAUUGCAAUAUGUAUGGAAUUGUAGAGAAAAAGAAUGUUGAACUACAACGUAAAUUUAUUUAAUUGUCUAAGAAACGGGAGGUUAACGUGUUAAUUAGAGUUAAUCAGCACGUGAACAAUUACUUCUCUAUAUAUGUGUUGGAGUUAAAUCAACGUGUGUUGUGUGGAUUAUUACGGCAUG